GAAGCCACGUAGCACCUAAUUAACAUGUUUAAGCGGCGACGCGAGUGCUCUUCCACAUGUUUAAUUGAAAUCGGAAUCCCUCUUUUCCUUUCCUCUAUUUUUCUGUGAAAACAACGCCUUUUUCCCCCAAUUCCCUUCCCCCGCAACCUUCUCAGAUUGUGAAUUGGAUCUUCAUGAGUUCAACAACCACUGGAGCAUUCUUCGUUUCCUGUGACUCGGGAAACAACAGCAGCCUCCUCUUCUGCUGGAUUUUGCUCUCCUUGCUGCCAAAAUUCUUGGGAACACCAUUUGCAUACAUCAAUUUCCUCCUAAUUCAGGCUGUUGACAGGAAAGAAUCGGCGGUUGGGUUCUUGGGGAACUUUGGAGUGAUUAAUCUAUAGUCUUUAUUAGUUUGGCCAUCAGCAUAUUUAGAUCCCAUUUUAAUUAGUGGGACAAAGAAAUGGUUUCCUCUCAGCUUUCUGGUUUGACUACGGCUGGCACAUAUAAGCCUAAACAGGCUCAGUUGCUCUUUCCUACAAGUCUUCCUGAAAACGUAAUCAUAGAUCACAUUGAGCUAGAUUUCUCAGAUGUCUUUGGUCCGGUUACAGUUCCACCCUCAGUAGAAGUAAAUAAUAUUGAAUCUGCUGCUGCAGAGUAUUUCGAAGAAUCUAGUGAGCUGGUUUAUAAUGAGCCUGAAAUCAUUUACACUCGUUCACAUUCUUUGGUUGGCCCUUCUCCUUGUGUUAGCCAAUCAUUGAAGCUUGGAAAGCUCACCAUACAAGAAACUGAAGAUUCAUUGGAACUAGAGGUCCUAGAGGAGGAUGUGACUGGAGAGAAGGUCAAAGACAUCAAAGAAUCUUCCUUUCACAAUGUUAUCACCAAGGAAUCGUUGCAAGACGGCGGGAGUCUCAUGAAGAUUCACAGAGUUAGCCUUGAUGAUUUUGAGAUUUUGAAGGUUGUGGGGCAGGGAGCAUUUGCAAAAGUAUAUCAGGUAAAGAAAAAGGGAACUUCUGAAAUAUAUGCUAUGAAGGUUAUGAGGAAGGACAAAAUUCUGGAAAAGAACCAUGCUGAGUACAUGAAAGCUGAGAGGGAUAUUUUGACACAAAUAGAGCAUCCUUUUGUUGUACAACUCAGAUACUCAUUUCAGACAAAAUAUAGAUUGUAUCUUGUGCUGGAUUUCGUGAAUGGGGGACAUCUUUUCUUUCAACUUUAUCACCAGGGCUUGUUCAGAGAGGAUCUAGCACGCAUAUAUGCUGCCGAGAUCAUAUCUGCAGUUUCACAUCUCCAUUCGAAUGGAAUAAUGCACAGGGAUCUAAAACCUGAAAAUAUCUUGCUGGAUGCUGAUGGCCACGUUAUGUUGACUGAUUUUGGUUUAGCAAAGCAAUUCGAGGAUAGUACAAGAUCAAAUUCUAUGUGUGGAACAUUAGAGUACAUGGCACCUGAAAUUAUUCUUGGCAAGGGCCAUGAUAAGGCUGCUGAUUGGUGGAGUGUAGGCAUCCUUCUGUUUGAGAUGCUUACUGGAAAGCCACCUUUUUGUGGUGGGAACCGUGAGAAAAUUCAGCAGAAGAUAAUUAAAGACAAGAUUAAGCUGCCAGCAUUUUUGUCUAGUGAGGCGCAUUCUCUGUUGAAAGGGCUUCUACAGAAGGAGGCGGGAAAGCGCUUAGGUUGUGGACCUAAGGGGAUAGUGGAGAUUAAAGGCCACAAGUGGUUUAAACAAAUCAACUGGAGGAAGUUGGAAGCAAGAGAAAUCCAGCCGAAUUUUAGGCCGGAUGUAGCCGGGAAGCAUUGCGUUGCGAACUUUGAGAAGCGAUGGACUGAUAUGCCUGUGGUCGAUUCACCAGCUGCCAGCCCGAAUGGUGCCAACCCCUUCAAAGACUUCUCUUAUGUGAGGCCUGCGGUCUCCUUCCUUCAAAGGAAUAGCCCUGCUUGUUAAAAUUGCUGUAGCUUGCAAUUGGUCUUGGCUCUUAAAUCCACACCUUUUUUUUUCUUUGGUAUUUUUAGUAAUUUUUUUAUUUGGUUGGGUUAAGGUGUUUCACUGGCACAUAAAUUGCCAACAGAAACUUUUUCUUAGGUUUCUAUUUUGGCUUUUAGGAGUUGUGUGAACUUUCUAGGUUAUGUUAUUUGUGUGAAUUGUGGUUCAUUUGUGUUGAGUUGACUUAUAAUUUGUGUUAUGCAGAAAAUAAAAUUGUUUAAUUUUGUA